AUGCGGAUGGCUGUUCGAGAGGCCGCCAGUAGUAUCUUGUAUGGGAGCAACGAUGAGGCCGAGGCGUUUAGCAAUGGUCUUAAGGAGAAAGGUGGUAUGGCCAGGUACUCCUCCUUCCUAACGGCCCUAGUGCAGACCGUUCGGGAGUUGACGCCAGUAGCUAAGGCCGCAGACCAGGUCGAGGUGGGGGUCUUCCAAGAUGUCACCUGUGAUGAGACACUGUGCAGUAUCAGCAGUCAGUGGUGGGAGGGGAUCGCUAGUCCCUUCAUAUUCAAAAAGGGAGAGUACGACGCUGAUAGGGUGAAGGACUUCAUCGUUAGUGGUGGGGACUCCUGCCCUCCUCCGGCCCCUCUGUGGUGCCAGAUAGAGGCUUCCACUGCCUCGAGGGUCCUCAUUGUCACUAUCGCCGGGGACUCAACCAAUCAUCAGCUUGCCUAUACCAUUGCUGGUCGAGCCAGGAGGCACUUGGGCAAACACCUGCAACAUGUCUCUGUCCUGCACUUAGGGCCUGAUCCGACCACGGAACACUUAGCCGAGGUCGAGGACCUGUGUGCUGCUACUGGAGGCUUCUUUGUGACGUGUGACACCAUCCACUCCGUGUCACCAAUCAUUAGCAGCCUCACGCAAGCCUUCCUCGGUAGGGCGGAAGGGUUAUCACGACUGUUGCAGCAGAGGAGAGAGAACCAUGCCAAGCUGAACAAGUUGAGGGUUGGGCAGACGGAACUGUCAAAUGGUGACUCGAGCGCCGAGGCUGUCACCAGUGCGGCAGCUCGACUGUUACUACCCAGUGCAUGCAUGCUAGAGGGCUUGCGAGAUGUCACGCAAUCCAUCCCUUGGCUGUGGGGGCGGGCCGUCCGGGAGUGGCGGGCAUGGGCCUUCGGUGUCCGAGAUGUGGCCUUCUCUGAGCCAGGCCCUCUUGGAUUGGACGUGGCCGCCCCUCCGCCCACAUGGAGGGUUGCUGCCACACACCCUCCUGCUAGUGUCUUGACGUUGUCGCCGCAGAUUUCCAUCGCAGCGAUAGGAUCAGUGGCGUUGUCUCGAACGACGAGUCGACGAACCUUGAGCAGAGUACUGUCUAUGCGGCCUAUAGGGCUCACGCUGGGUGACCCCUACGUCCGGGACCUUCCGUCGGCAGUAGUCGGCCAUCUGGCCUGCCUUAUAGUGGCGGAGGUCAUGGCGGCUCGAGUAACCAACCCUUUCAAACAUAACCCUCCUCCAGUUCCCUCGAGGGAUCCGUCCAAUCUCUCCAACAUUGAGGGUCACCACCUGGCUGGGGUGCCGACCAGGGUCCUCAUCCUAGUCGUGGAGUAUGCAUGCGACCUGCAAGUGAUCGGCAAACUAGGUUUAUGUUGUAAGGCGCUGUAUAGGGAGGUCCUCGUCAAUUCCAGGACGGAUCGGAAGUCUAUAGGCUUUAGAAUGAUACGCUACUGUCUGCGUAAUGGUGCCCUCAGGGGCCGUCCCUUCCGGGCCAGUUUUCUCGCUUGGUCGCUCUCCAACACUCCGACCAAGGAAUCCGACAGGGAAUCUUUCCUAGCUGAGAACUGGCUUGGUUUCCGUCCGACCGACGUUCUUGGUCGAGUUGCAUCAGAGGACAUUGGAGGCUCGGCAGCUAUCCCCUCCGAUUGGCUCUGUCUCCAUCGGCGACGAUGUUUACGACGUUUGAGCUGUCUGGUGGACCUGUGCAUGCCAGCCUACUUUGGGGCGUUGGACGGUCGCCUGGCCGGGAGGCUGAGGGCCGAUGGCGUCAGCAUUGAACUCGCAGUGGCUAAUCUUGCCUUGAAUGCCAAGCUGGGAGGGGUCGGUGUUGUCUCUGAUGUCGCCUCUUGGGAGGACCCUUUCUGGUCGGAGAGUAAGCCACUGUGUGAUCUACUGUACCCUUUGAGACUCGUCAUUGCGGCGGUGUUGGUCCACAAGCGAUGGAUACUGGACAAUGCUGCUGAGAAUGUAAUGCGCAGAUUGAUGGACGUUAAGACCUACGAAGAGGACUCAGUGAUCUCUGAAGCUCUGCGUAUUAAAUUGAACCAGAAGUGGUUUAACACGUGGAUGAGCGUACAAGGCUUAGACCCGAGUAGUGCCUUAUGA